GCAUGAACAAAAACGCGAUCUGUUAUUGCAAGACAGCUUCGCUUUGCCACUCUCUUCAGACCUGCACCUCUUCAAGACAGUAAUUGCCUUUCGGUAGCUCCAUGUGCGACUGUCUCCAAGGACGAGAUGGAUUUCAAGGACGAGAUUGACACCAAAGUCAAGGUUGACCCCAGGAACGCGAUCGAGUUGCCAAAGAUGGAGUCCAAGGAUCAGAUUGACACCAAAGACAAGAUUGCCAUCAAGAACAAGAUCGAUCCCAAGAACGCGACUGAGUUGCUAAAGGCGGCUCAAACGUGCAAGGUGGUAUUGGCUGGAACUGUUGCCAAAGGCUUGCUGGCAGAGAUCCAACACACCCUUUUGGAGAUGAGUGAUACCAGACUUGGCGGACCAUAUGGCGUUAACUUCCACAAUCCCGUCUUUAAGUUGGUUGGAUUCCUUGCCAAUGACGACCCCGCUGCGAAGGUUUACGCGGAUUUCUGCGCGAAGACUUGUGUUGAGAACGGUUUCGAAUUUGAGCUCCGUCAGGUUACAAAGGAAAAGAUUGAAGAAGCAAUCCUCGCUGCGAACGUCGACAAGUCUGUCCAUGGCAUUAUUGUUUACUAUCCAAUCUUCCCCAAAGCAUCCCGUCAAGAUCAAUACAUCCAACAACUAGUCUCUUUGGACAAGGACGUCGAGGGUCUUACUCACAAGUACACGUUCAACAUGUACCAAAACAUCCGGUUCCUUGAUCCUCCGCACAACGAGCGAAAGUCAAUCCUUCCGUGUACUUCACUCGCUGUAGUUAAAGUCCUCGAGCACCUCAGAAUCUACCACUCAUCCCUUCCUUACGGCAAUCGCCUCUAUGGUCGAACGAUUACAGUUAUCAACCGCUCAGAAGUCGUUGGUCGACCAUUGGCUGCCCUCCUCGCGAAUGAUGGUGCAAAGGUCUACUCGGUUGACAUUGAUGGGGUUCAGUUGUUUACUCGAGGCAAGGGUAUCAAGAACCAUAAGCAUGAAGUUCUCGAGAAGCCGGGCUGGACUGUUCGGGACUGCUUGCCAAUCAGCAGCGUAGUCAUCAGUGGUGUACCUGGUGAUUACAAAAUCGACUCAGACUUGAUUAAGGACGGCGCAACAUGCAUCAAUAUUUCGAGCGAGAAGAACUUCGAUGCUGCGACGGUCAAAGAUCACGCCGCUUUCUACGUUCCCGCGAUCGGAAAAGUUACCAUUGCCGUCUUGUUAAGGAAUCUUUGUAGGCUGGUUUGGAAUUACCGGUUGGAGCAGAUGAGACUUGCCAGAUGAUACCUACGAAAGCGCGCGGCGUUAAAAACCGUCCAUCUGCCAAAAUGCAAGGAACACCAAAAUCGUUACAUUUAGAAAAUCACACCAAAUCUCAAUAGAACGCCCGAAACUCCUCAAAAGUGCUUUACAUAAUAAAAAAGAAGCAGAUCUAACUUGGGCGAAAGUUUUAUAAUAAUAGAAUAUAAGGCGGAAUUAUGAGAAUUUUUGUAAUGCAGCAUUAAAAUCGCGCCUGUCCUCGCUUAGCGAGUCGGACGGAUUUCAAUGCCGCGCGCUUUCGUAGAGAAGCCGGAGGUACAGAGACGUGUCUGGGGACCGAUCCUGGAGGAGCGUGGCAUGGACGUGGACAUACAUUUUCCAUUACCAUCAAUACCAGAAAAUUGAGCAGCCUCUCUUCUGCAAGCAACACCCUCGACAACCUACGGAGUUCAGGAGCAUAUGGCGGGCGUUUAGAGGAUUGCUUAGGGAGACGAAUUCAACUGAAUUGAACC